CCCCGCCUCCCCCAGAGCUAGGCGGAGCCGGGACCGGAGGAGCAGGCGGAGAGGUCGGAGCAGUCUCUGGUCGCCCGGACAGCCACAGUCCCUGGGCAGCUGCUGCGGAGGGAGAUUUCCUUGACCAUUUGAACCUGAAAACACGGUGUCGGACAGCCUCUUAUCGAUCCCGUCCAGAACCUCCCCGAAGAUGUCCAGCAAGACCACCAACACCAACAGCGUGGCCCAGGCCCGGCGAACCGUGCAGCAGCUGAGGUUGGAGGCGUCCAUAGAGAGGAUCAAGGUGUCCAAGGCGUCUGCGGACCUCAUGUCCUACUGCGAGGAGCAUGCCCGGGGGGAUCCUUUGCUCAUGGGAAUCCCGACUUCAGAAAACCCCUUCAAGGAUAAAAAAACGUGCAUCAUCUUAUAGGGCGUUGGGGAGCCCCCGGUGCCGCCCCCAUGAUCUAAGCAGCUCCAUGAAGAAACGUACCUUCCGCUCACUUGGUAACCACUGCUAAAAACGAAAAUGCUUUUAACUUGUAAAAACAAACAAACAAACAAAAAAUGAGUUUUAAAGCCUUUGUUUUUAAAAGUCUCCCUCUCUUUAGAGCAUACCCUUUACAAAAUGGAUGGGAAUCGGUCCGUUUGUCCUUGGUUUCAGUUGAAAUGACUCCAGGUGGUUCUUCUCUUAGGUCGGCUUCGGUUUGAGGGAUGCUGGUUGGGCUCGGCUUCUGUGUAAAUCCAUUGUCCAGUGAUCUGCUUUUUGAUUUGAGGGAAGACCAAAGUUGCCUCCUCCUCUUUCCAGAUCCCCCAGGCCCGCGGGUCUCUAAAACGCUUGCCCCCUCAGCACCCGUAAUCGGCCCGGUGCCUCUCUGUACAGUCCCCAAGUCUCGCAUGUGUUUGGCGUGUAUAUAUGACUUUGUAUAUAUACAUUUCAAAGUGCAGAUUUUCUAGCCCCCCGCCCCCGAGUUCUGCCUCUAGCCGGCCACCAAGGCCUCCGCCUACGGCUUCGGGGUGACGGGGACGGCCGCCCCCCAAGAGUCGUUUUCACGAUACCAAAUUCUGAUCACUUUCUCAUCGUCGUCACCCUCUUGUUUGCUUCUCUGGCCCUCACGGCCUAAAUAUAAACGGUGCCAAUUUAAGAGAGCGAAAAACAAACCCCUCUUGUAAUUCGAGGUGCUACGCUGUGAGGGCCCCCUUUGCUUUUACGGACCCAGCGCAGUCAGGAUACAGAAUCUCAAAAUCCCAGAGCCGGAUUGUCCAACCCGUGCCUAAACACGUAUCCUUUCUGUCACCCCUCCGGACAGGUCAUCCGCCUGCUCUGCCGGAGACCACGGACACCUCAGAGUUUUGUUUUUAAUUCAUAAAAUAAAAUUUAUAGGAUUACAACAAAGGAAAGCAGUUAUACCGAAAUUAUCAAAAUAGGAAAAAAAAAACAAGUUUAUGGACCCUCGUUAAAACCCCGGUCUAAUCCAGCCCAUUCCCCAUCUACACUAAGAAGUGGUCAUUGCUCAAAAACCUCCAUAAAGGUGAACCUCGCAAGGUGACCCAUUGGGAUAACCCAAAGGGCUAGGAGAUUUUUCCUAACCUCAAACCUAAAUUUGCUUCCCCUUGUUGCUCCUCGUUCAACCUUCCAAGGUCAAGCAGAAGGAGGGGAAGUGUAUUCAUGGGCCCAGUGACCAGAGAAGGGAGGUUGCAUGAAUGUGGUUUUCUCUACAAAAAAGGAAAUCAAUUAGCCUGCUAAUUGGGGGAGUCCGCCUCCUUCCUCUUGUAGGUCCAUCCAUUCUCUCUCCUCCCUCCCUUCCUCUUCCCUAAAUCUUACCUGUGUGUGGGUCUCCUCUCCUCCUCCCCUUACCUAAUCCCAGUUUGUAGAACCGCGGGCAGAAAAGGCCCAAGAUGUUGGUGGAGUGUCCCAUUCCUAGCAGCCCACCCUGCCCUGCUCUUCCUGGAGGCAAGACUAAGCAGUGUGAGAGAAGGCAACCCCCCCAAUAGAAAUACAAAGUAAAGAAGUCACCUUUCAUUCCCCCUCCCACUCAGGUCACUGCAGAGCUGAGCAGAGGACGUCCUGGGGACUUUUGGCUGGACUUAAAUGGCCCCCUCUGGGCCCAGCCCCUCCAGGCAGGUCAGGAGGGUCCUUAUGGACACAGACUGUGCACUGACUGCGCUAGACGCAUGGCAAUUCCCCUUCCCUCAUCUGUCACUCUGGGAGGCUGAUGCACUCUGACCCCUCACAGGCUUGAGCUGGGAGCCUUGGAGGCUCUCCAGAAAUGCGACUUGUUAGAAAAAUUCUUUACGAAUCCCAGUGGCCACGAACGCUGCUCCGGAAAGCCAGCCAAGGGGAUUCUGUCUAAUGGGCCCUUAGCAGACGCUCUUGGAGGCAGCAGCCCCUUUGAGGAGUGCUUUGUUCUAUCUGGGAGAAAAACCCUCCACAUCUGGAUUGAUCGUGGCCAUCAGACAGAUUCCCCUGCCUUCUUGUGGCGACUGUUGUGGAGGUUGGGAGCUUUGCCCUUCGUGCCUGGGAUUCGCCAUCACCCCUCACUACCAGCUUUGAAAACCGCUGCUCAGUGCUAUGGUUUGUCCCAUCCCCAAGUAAACGGAGGGCCUCCCCUCCCCAUGUCCAAAGCAAAAGGGUUACCCCCCCCUUCCAAAGCAUUAACUCGGCUGCGUAGAUGGGGAAAAAACCAUUCUCCCGGCCCCGACCCCCUCCUCACACUCUCCUCUUCUUCAAUGAUCUUAUUUUUGUAACGACCAUUUCCCAACUUAAUCCGUAUUUUCCAAUCUGAUUUUAACCACUAAUCAUGUAGAAUGCAGCCUGUUGCAAAAAGUGCAGUAGAGCUUGAUUCCAUGGGGACCCCGCCACUGAGGGUAGUCGCCCCUUACUCCGUAGUGUUAAACGGAUCCUUUAAUCUCUUAUUUCUAGUACUGGGCUUGCCCCGGCCAGGUCUGGCCCCUCUACCCCGCUCCACCUGCUCCUCCCCUGGCCUGCUGGAGAGCCUCCAGGCCUUCAAGCAUGGGCUCAGCUGCCCAACCAGCAGCCAAAGCCAAAUGACCCCAGAUCUAGACCUUGGCUUCUGGACCAAGACCGAAGUAAUAAUUCAGUGUUGACGGACCUAGAACCAAAAACAUUGUUGAUGUACCUAGAACCAAAAAGAUUAUAUGAGGAAAGAUAAUAUAUAUGUCUAUGCUAAACAGAAGUACAGAAGUCCCUUUUAUUUAACCGGCUCGAUCCCCCUUGUAAGGUUCAGCCGCUCUCGGAGCAGCUGCUGUGAUGAUUUGGGGCAGAUGUCUGGGUGUAUGACACCGUAAUGUUGACAGAGAUAUACGCCCACAGAUGUGUAUAUAUAAACUGUAACCCUCUGGCUUGGUUAUCACUGCACUUUCUACAGCGUGGGUUCAACGUAUGAACUUUGAUGGUAGUUUUGCCAAUAUGCUGUUUUCUCGGUUCGUCCCUUUCCCUCCAUCAUUCCAACACGUCUGUACAGUUUUUAUUUAAACUCGAGGUCUCAGUGCCAUGACCAUGUGCUAAAUAGAAUUUAUUGGUCCCAAAAUCUUUUACAGAAACACCUUUUGGACAGGGGAAAUAUUUUAUGUACCAGAUAAUCGAUUAACAAGUGAUACACUGUGUCUGCUUGCUCUUUUUUCCUACAAAAUCUGGUUUUUAAGUUCCCUGGGCGAAUUAAAAUCAAAAGUGCCAUAUUCACCUUUUAGAGAAAAGGUCUGGUGUUUGCUUUCAGCCCAAUUGAGACAAUUUUUAUACUUUUUUCAUCUAAACCACCAGAAGAAAAAUUUAUACCAAUAUUUUAGUGUAUAUAAAUGUGCAUAUGUUUUAACAGAUUCAUAGAGAUUUAUGGAAAUGCAGAGGCAUCUUUAAACCUGAGGCAGAGGCUAGAAAAACAAAUGGUGGAGGAUAUGUUCAGCUGUCUUUUCAGUUCUGUUAUAGCUAACUUUCUCGAUUUUAAAUGAAACGAGAAAAAUGGCAUUUAGCGAUCCGGUUACCCUGAAUUUCUUUUUUCUUUUGAGCUAAAACCUUCGAAAAGAUUCAUGGGCUUAGGAAGUGAAUUCUAACAUAAAUUAAUCCUUCCUUGCUGUCCGCCCUUAUACCAAAAGAUGAAUAUAUGACUAAGUGAGUGAGUAACAAUUCUCAAAGCUCUAAUUCGAAUAAUUAUGAGAAAAUCGAAUCUGGAAACUUCAGAUCGAAAUCUAUAAUUCCUGGCUUAUUGGCAGUGGUACGGAAAUUAAUCAAACCAUCCUUUUCUCUGAAUCAUAAACUGUCUCAGUUGGAAACGAUCCCAGAAGUCAUCUCGGCCAAGCCGUACUGGAAAAAGUGCUCCGGGACGACAUCCCCAAGUGUGGUCACCCGGUCCUUGCCCGACCGGGCAAGCCUCCCAGGCGAACCCUUCCGCUUUGGGAGCGUUCUGAUGGGUGGUGGGAAGAGAUUCCCGGCCUCCGGCCGCCACUGAUCUGUCUUCUGCCCUCCGGGGCCAAACGGAAUAAAUCUGAUUCUCCCUCCCCAGCCCCCUGAGCCAGGGCUCCAGGCCGCAUCCUCGGUGCCCCCCGGGCACGCGCUCUAAAGCACUGUUUUCAGAGAGGUUUCCCAGGGUUCCAAAGUCGAAGGCAGUAGGAUAGCGAGCCGGGACUGCCCGGCACCGGGUGACUCGCUUCCCGAUCCGGCCCCAGUCCCCCGGGCUGAGAAAGGACGGGCGAACCGGGUGACUUCUGGUCGUUCCAACUGGACAGACAGCUCCAUGGCCCCCCGACCCUCGCUCUCCCGCCGCCAUCUUCGUGCUGUGAGCCUCGCUGUGCUGCUGCUAUCUAAAUGUCGCUCCCCUCUCACGUCGCCCGCGCUAACGGCCCCCGAAAGUGUUUCUCCUGCCGCUAUUUUCUCACAGUUGGAAAACCUGCCUUUGUUACUCCCGUGGCGAUGAUGGUGUUUUGUUCCCUCCCGACUUUGUGGACUCCGUGACUUGCUUAAUGUUCUCUGUAUUGUUCGUGUGACUCCCCUGCGUGUCCUUUGGGUGUCCCCGAAAAUUUGCCUUUGAUUUCUAGUCCCUGAGACUCAGCCGUGUCAGAGCCUUCUCUGGCCCCUUGUAUGUUGUGUCGUGCGUAACCUUGACGCUGUGAUCAUCGUCCGAAAGACUGUCAAAGAUGGAAGCGUUUCUCUCCCAGCUCCUAUGUUCAAUAGCACGGAUACCAAUCAAACGAAUUAAAACAUCACGGCUUUCUAUUCUG